AGGUUGAACCGUGGCUUAGGUGCAGACAUGGCCAAGUCCAAGAACCACACAACACACAACCAGUCCCGAAAAUGGCACAGAAAUGGUAUCAAGAAACCCCGAUCACAAAGAUACGAAUCUCUUAAGGGGGUGGACGCCAAGUUCCUGAGGAACAUGUGCUUUGCCAAGAAGCACAACAAGAAGGGCCUAAAGAAGAUGCAGGCCAACAAUGCCAAGGCCAUGAGUGCAUGUGCCGAGGCCAUCAAGGCUCUCGUAAAGCCCAAGGAGGUUAAGCCCAAGAUCCCAAAGGGGGGUGUCAGCCGCAAGCUUGAUCGACUUGCUUACAUUGCCCACCCCAAGCUUGGGAAGCGUGCUCGUGCACGCAUUGCCAAGAGGCUCAGGCUCUGCUGGCCAAAAGUCAAGGCCAAGUCCAAGGAUCAAAACAAGGCCCAGGCUGCAGCUCCAGCUUCAGUUUCAGCUCAGGCUCCCAAAGGUGCCCAGGCCCCUACAAAGGCUUCAGAGUAGAUACCUCUGUCUGCCAACGUGAGGACAGAAGGACUGGUGCAACCCCCCGGGGCUGCCAUCUGCAUGGGGCUGGGGUCCUCCUGUGCUAUUUGUACAAA